AGUCAGUCCCAUCAUCAGAGGAGUCCCAUCUGAAAAAAAUGUUUGGAAUCAUAGGUGAAUAUAAGUGUCGCCCUCGGUGGCUGCCAAAUUAUGUUGAGGAAAUCCCCGAGAAGAUCUGGAUCCUGCUGCUAUCACGCUACUACACUGCCACGCUGCUGUGCGUCUUCUUCGACUUUUUGCUGCUGUUCUACUCGUGUUCCCUGAGCUUCCUGCGUGGUAUCCCGGACGGCACGCUGCUCGCAUUUAUUCCACUGCUGAUUGUGGUGCAACCAGGUGUGGCAGCCUAUGGACUGCUGCUGUGUCUCAUCCACAACAAACAGCCGAUCAGCUAUCGGACACGGCUGCAGCGAAUGGGGCAGCAGAUGCCACUGCGCCUUCGCCUGCUGGGCAUGAUCCUCUACGUGAGUAUCCUCACCAGCUGGCUCUACUCUCGCUUCAUGAACGUCUUUGGCGACUAUUGGCCAUCCAAAUUUCUGCUGAUCCACGGCUGCUCCUGCGGCAUCGCCUACUUUCUGGACGAGCAUGGGAUGCAUAUCCGCCGGUUCUCUUUAAUCGGUUUGGAUGUUGGCCUGCACAUUUGGCAAUCGAUCUCCGAGAGCACGUUCACGUCCCAUAAAAUCCGACUAGUCGUCGUGACAACGUUCGUCUCUGGCCUCAUCCAGUCAUGCUAUGGCACCCUUGUGCUAGAUUAUGACUGGGGACACGGAUGGAGUGCUGGGAAAAUGUUUUGGGCCUGGCUCCUGACCACCCUCGUCCUGAGCAAACUGCACAUGAUCAAGAAUUUGUACGAGAUGGUGAUGCAGCAGCAAUUGCCGCUGAUACUCAAUCACCGAGAAGAGAACGCGAGCUAUAUGGAGAGACUCUGGGAGCCUAUAAUAUUGUGGGUGUGUCGCCAGAAGAUGUGCCAAGUGCCGGAGGGCAUGACCGAGCUGCAACUGUCAUUCUACAUGGCACUGGAUGUGGAGUGCCUCUUCGGGUUCCGCCUGCUGGCGGCUAGCGAAUUCUACGACGCAGCCUACAGUCAAUGCAACCCUCUAUGCCCGACCAUCUUUUCGCCGACUCGACUGCACACAUCCUGGCUGAACUUGCGCGAACUGAUUAUGGGAAUGGUGGACGAGUUCCUGGCCAACAUGAAGAACGCAAUGGAAGACAAUCAGCAGAUCCAGAAGACCCCAAAAGAAGGACUUAGGGAUGCAACAAGGCCCUCAACUACGAAGAGCGCCCAGAAUAUGCCAAAGUGUACACCGUUCCGUGAUCAGCUGACCAAGGGGAAUCUUAAGUUUCCACCCUCGUGCCAGCCCAUAAAAAGGUGCCCGACGUGUGGGCGACCCUCGGAGCCCAUAGAAGGAAUCGUUUUGCAGUUGAACGAGAUAUGUCAAUGCCCAAACAUGCUCCAAAUGCUGGUCAGCUGGUGCCGUGGCAUCUGGAAAUGCCUAUCAGUGCUCCCCGCCACGGUGCACUACUUCUGCGACACGAACCCCAUGGAGAAGAUGAAUCAUGUGCUGCGCCAUGCCGAGCACCUGGACGAUGUGCUGCGCGGUCUCGUCCGCAUCUGCAUUCGCUCGCUGAAGGAGGACAAAUGCCGACUGAUGGAGCCUGAUCUUGGCCGCUUCCUGGAGGCCCUACUCCUGGUGGAGCAGCACCUGUAUGCGGCCCGAAAUCUGCAGAUGGCCAGGGGUGGCAGACUGUGUGGAACACAUCAGAAGCUUAUCGAAGGCAUCGGACACUGCAUGUUCUCUAUGCUACAGAAGUUUUCACACCGCCUGGAUUUAGUCGUGCAGGACGACGUGUUGCUGAAGAAGCUCAAGUGCCGCAUGGGCAUUCCCCACACUCACCUAUAAAUCUAAAUAUGCCCUCACACGCUCACUCCCACUCCCACCUCUAUACUCACGCUCCCAUCACUAUCUGCAUUUUCCACUUGCCACGCACUUUCAGUUUUUUUGUUCUCUCGUCUUUUCUUUUUGUUUCUUCUUCUUUCGUUAUCAAUAAAACGCGCAUUGUUUGCGGGCUAAGUGGACGA